AUGUCUUCGUUCUUUGAGAUCCCAGACCGUUUCGACGGACAACCCUUAUCCCCGUAUUCUCUCCAUUCUGAACCGUCUACGGCUGCCGAAGAGGAGCCGAUGUUGUCUCCCGAUCCAGAAACGUUUGUCAAGGCCGAGUCGCCCGACGAGGAUGCUGUCGCCUCCCCUACUCCGGCUUCUGUUGCUAAUUCUGAGUCGUCCUGUGAAGAUGGACUCGCCUCCUCUACUGAUAUCCGUCGAAGAGUUGAGGACCAUGUACCGACACCCCCUGCGGCCUUUCAAGUGAAUGCUGAAGGCCAGUUCCCCUUUCACUACCAGGAGAGGUACGCCCGAUCGCCGUCACCUCCUACUUCUUCUGACGCCCCGGGAAGCGGAACCGCCUCCUCCCCUAUUCGCGUCGACACACCACCUCCAGCUGAGCCCUGCUAUGUUUACCCGCCCCUCCCCGAUCCGGAUCACGAACUGACGCCUGAGGAACGCGGUCCGAUCUGGGCCGAGAUUGUUCAAGAAGACGCGGUUCUGAAUGCGCGUCGUCACAUCAAAGCCUUCUUCCGCUCUUAUUUCGAAUUGCUGGAUGGCGACGUCCUCAAUCACCCGCGUCGAAGUGGAGGCUACAGACGAUUAGCGCGCUGUCGGUUGUAUGAAAACGUUAUGGAGGAACUGGACCGUGUACUUGAAACCGUGGACCAAGUACAAAUGACAGUCAUUGAAUAA